UAUAAAUGCAACCCCACCCAGUGCUUCUUCACGACUUCACCCCAACCCAACCCAAAAGCUCCCCUCCCCAUCGAAACAACAAAACCAACAAUGACAAACAGAGAGAGAGAGGUGUACACAAUGGAGGAGUUCCUCGAAGUCCUCUCCCUUCAGCAACAGACCGUCUCCCUAGAGAUCAAGCGCAAGCAGCGCGCCGCCGCCGCCUCUAGUUCCCAGGAGGACAUGCAGGAGAUGAUGGCCCUGCAGCAGAAGAAGGCCGCCUUCGAGAAGAAGUGGCGGGAGGCAAUAGCCGACCCCAAUGUCCGCCGCCCAACAGUGAUUGAGCUCUUUGGGGAGCUCCAUCACUCUGAACCUCUUCCUCCCUCUCCUCCUUCCCCCGUUGAUCCUACUUCUCCCCCUCCGGCGACCUCCUCCGUUGUUGGAGAAAGCUCUGGCUCCCUCCCUGGCGAAGUGCGUGAGUCUGAUGACGAGGGAAAGGAUCGUCUUAAUCUUACUUGCCCACGUCCGGAAAUCUCAGAUGCAGAGCGAGCAGAUGUAUUCAAUCUCCGGAUCUCGAAAAGGAAUGAAUUCGAUCUUCUCAUUUUUGUGUUUUUAUCUUUGUGUAAGAGGUCGACACACGUUUUGUUCGGACUGUUCUGCCCUAUUUUGUCACAGAUCCAUCGACAAGAUCCUUUAGAGAUUAAAUCUGCGCGAAUCCUGAUCUUCUCAGACAAGGAUGUUGAGGCCAGUUUUGCAAGGCAGUAACUGCAUCUGCUUAAACCUCCAUGUAUGAUAAGGAACGUGGGAGGGGGUAACAACAGCAGCACUUGAAGAAGGGAGAGGGAAGCUAGGGUGGCAUCACCAGAUCGAGGGAUGGAUGGUGUGGACUUAUAAUUAAUUAUAUAUGUAUUGUCUUUAAUUAAUUUAGUAAUGUUUU